GCAGUCAGCACCCUGGAGGCCACCGAUCUACUUACUCCGGCCGUCCGAUUCCCAACCUGAGCGUUGACUUCUCUGGAAUUGAAUGUCAGUUCCUCAUUCCGUUCCAAUUACACAUCUCACUCCAAACACAAACCGCUUCCUCCCCGUACAGCUCCUUCUAACAUAGCUUCUCACCAGCAUCAGAACACCAUUACAGCCACCAAUUCACCUUUUUUUUUCUUCAAAAGAAAAGGAGUCAAAAAAAGAUGUCAACCAGCGCGACCACCAAGCCCCCAACCAGGGCGGCCACAACCUCUCGACCAUCCCCACUCACCAAACCCUACCUCAUCCUCUACAACGCCCUCAACUUCACCCUGUGGGCCACCUGCACCCUCCAGGGCCUCACCCUCCUCGCGACGGGCACGCCACUACCCCUCAUCUUCCACAAAGUCUACCCGCUCCUGCAGGUCACGCAAUCGCUCGCCCUGCUCGAGAUCCUCCACAGCCUGGCGGGCCUCGUGCGCGCGCCCGUCACCACCACCGCGAUGCAGGUCGCCAGCCGCAUCCUCCUGGUCUGGGGGAUCAUGUACCCCUUCCAGGGCGGGAUUGUCGGGGCCCCUGCCCCUGCGACCGCCACCGUGGCGGGCGCGCAGACGGGCGACUACGCGUUCCUGGGCUGCCUCAGCGCCUGGGGCAUCACCGAGUGCAUCCGGUAUGGGUUCUUCGUGUGCCAGGUCUCCGGGCUCGGGGUGCCGGCGUGGUGGGCGUGGCUGCGCUACAACACCUUCUACGUGCUGUAUCCGUUGGGCAUUAGCAGUGAGUGUGUGAUGGUGGUGCAGGCGUUGAAGCCCGCGGCCGCGGUGAGCCCCGUGUAUUGGUGGUUUUUGGUGGUCGUGCUGGGGGUUUAUGUGCCUGGCUCGUAUAUUCUCUACACGCAUAUGAUUGCUCAGAGACGCAAGGCGUUGAAGAAGAAAUGAUGGGUCCGCGGGCGUGCUGUGCUGGGCGCUGGGUUGGGG